AUGCCCUCUUCCACCAAGGGCAAAUCAGCUUCUGGCUCUGGCUCAGCGUCCACCUCGACGGCUGCCUCGGCCGGUCUCAGUAUUUCAGCGCCUCUAUCCGUCAGCUCGCAGGAAUUCGUCCCAUCGGCCAAACUGGUCGCCCAAACCAACGCCGCAGCAGCAGCCGCAGCAGCGACCAAGACCUCCUCCUCCUCCACCCAUCGUACCAGCAACACCCGCAAACGACCCGCCCCAGGAUCUCCACCUUUGAACCCGACGCUCGUCCCCUUGGCUCCCAAAGUGCCCAAAACCCCACUCGAGAAGGACGAGACGAGGCGGUUGAUCGUCGUUUUGGAACAGGCCUGUUUGGAGACGUACAAGCAUACGACUUCGGCGAGCAAUUCGAGGGGUGGAAAAGCUGGCGAGGAGAAGUACUCGUUGUUGAACUGCGAUGAUCAUCAGGGCGUGCUGGCCAAGAUGGGAAGGGAUAUCGCGCAUGCUCGACCGGAUAUAACCCAUCAGGUCAGGACCUUCAGAGUUUAUCACUUUGGGAUGAUCUCUUCACUGAUCUGUACCUUCGUACGAUGCAGUGCCUCUUGACGCUGCUCGAUUCACCGUUGAACAAGGCCGGUAAACUGCAGGUCUACAUCCACACAGCCCGAGGGGUCCUCAUCGAGGUCAACCCGGCCGUCCGAAUUCCAAGAACGUUCAAGCGGUUCGGCGGCCUCAUGGGUCAGUCAUGCAGAUGGGGAUACACUCUUUCUGUUCGCGACACUGACAUUUCACGAUCGCAGUCCAACUCUUGCAACGUCUCUCGAUCCGAUCCAUCAACGGUUCCGAAAAGCUUCUCAAAGUCAUCAAAAAUCCCAUCACGGACCAUCUUCCCACCCUGUCACACAAAAUCACGCUCUCCUUUGAUGCCAAACCCGUGCGACUGAGUCACUACCUCCCCACGAUCCCGGAUACGCAUUCCAUCGUCGUCUUUGUCGGAGCCAUGGCCCAUGGGUGAGUGGUCGAGACCGGGGGUCCAAACGGCGCAAUCUCGAGUACAGUGCUGAUCUAGCUAGAUCACCUUGGCCAUGCACUCACCAGACCGGACAAUUUCGCGGAUCAUAUGGUCGAUGAGAAAAUUGCGAUCUCAGAGUAUUCGCUUUCGGCAAGUGUCGCGUGUGGAAAGGUGAGUUUUGGGGUCGACUUUUUUUGCUCAUUUCCGGAAGGCUGAUUUCGACGGUUCGACUUUUUACAUGAUCUAGUUCUGCUGCGCUGUCGAGGAUCUAUUCGACGUACUCUGA